CCUCUACUACUCUCUCCCCGCUCCCGUUAAAGGGUAAAACAGUCUUUUCAUACGUCCUACCCUGGUCACCGUCACCUUAUGCAAAUACACGGCGGCGGAAAUUCAGCCAGCUCAUUCACACACGCACUCUUUCUCUCGAACACGGGCACUCUUGAAAGCUUUCGUAAAUUCCAUUGAUUGGCGGAUACACUUUUUUUUAUUUAUUUAAUUUGAUUCGUUUUGUUUGUUCAUUUAAUUCUAUCUUUUGAAUUUGUUCGGUUCUUCGGCCCCCCUGUUUUUGUUUCCGCUUCCAAGGCACAUGCAGCGGCGAUAUCUUUAGAUUCCCCGGAGAGUCGGAUUCGUUAGCCGGAAAGUUUGAGGCUUUCCGGCGAGAACUGCUAAGAAUCCGGAAACCCGUUAUCGGAGAAUUGCUGGGUUUUGUGUAACCGAAGUGAAAAAGGGGGCGAUGUCGCUAUACGACGCUACUUUUAUCAACACCGAGCUCUCGAAACCAACGUCGAUCUUCGGUCUCCGGCUCUGGGUCGUCAUUGGAAUCUUGCUCGGAUCUCUCAUUGUCAUAGCUCUCUUUCUCCUAUCCCUAUGCCUAACAUCUCGCCGGAAAAACCGAAAACCCCGAGCGGACUUCGGCGCCGUCGCCACGCCGCCGAUCUCAAAGGAGAUUCAGGAAAUCGUGCACCACCACGCGCCGGUGGCGGACUAUCACCACCCGACGCAAGCCGCCCCGGCGGAGAUCCAGGUCGACAUCGGGAAGAUCGAGCACCGGGUUGUGUUCUCGGAUCGCGUCUCGAGCGGGGAGAGUAGAGGAACAGUGAACACCAGCGAAACGGCAUCGUUUUCGGGAAGCGGAAGCGUCGGGCCGGAGGUUUCGCAUCUGGGCUGGGGCCGAUGGUACACUCUGAGAGAGCUGGAGGCGGCGACGAACGGCCUAUGUGAAGAGAAUGUCAUCGGAGAAGGUGGGUAUGGGAUUGUGUACCGCGGGAUUUUAACUGACGGUACUAAGGUCGCUGUCAAGAACCUGCUCAAUAACAGGGGUCAAGCCGAGAAGGAAUUCAGAGUGGAGGUUGAAGCCAUUGGGCGUGUGAGGCAUAAGAAUCUCGUCAGGCUUUUAGGGUAUUGCGUUGAAGGUGCAUACAGGAUGCUCGUGUAUGAAUACCUAGACAAUGGCAACUUGGAACAAUGGCUACAUGGUGAUGUUGGGGAUGUCAGUCCUCUGACUUGGGAUAUCCGUAUGAACAUAAUACUUGGGAUAGCGAAAGGAUUGGCGUACCUACACGAGGGUCUUGAACCAAAAGUUGUGCACCGAGACAUAAAAUCCAGCAAUAUCUUGCUUGACCGCCAAUGGAACCCAAAGGUCUCAGAUUUCGGACUUGCCAAGCUGUUGUGCUCUGAGAGAAGUUACGUGACAACCCGUGUGAUGGGGACUUUUGGUUACGUGGCACCAGAAUACGCUUGCACCGGAAUGCUAAACGAGAAGAGCGAUAUUUAUAGCUUCGGCAUAUUAAUCAUGGAGAUAAUCACCGGAAGAAAUCCAGUUGAUUAUAGCCGACCUCAAGGAGAGGUGAAUCUGGUGGAAUGGCUGAAAACAAUGGUGGGGAACAGGAGGGCUGAGGAAGUAGUCGAUCCAAAGCUACAAGAGCCGCCUUCCUCCAAGGCUCUUAAACGUGUGUUGCUCGUCUCUCUUCGCUGUGUGGAUCCUGACGCUAACAAGAGGCCUAAGAUGGGACAUAUCAUCCACAUGCUCGAAUCCGACGACUUGAUGUUCCGAGAUCAGGAGCGAAGGGCAGUGAGGGAGCACAUGAAACGGGAAGAGAAGAAGCAACAGAUGACGGCUCAGACAAGCGACAGCGACAAGGAUUCACGCCAUCAUCACCACCCUUGUUCGACUCUGAGGAGAUGAUCAUAAUUCUUAAUCUGUGUGACAUAAUAUAGAUGUAUAAUUCUUCUUUAAUAUCCUCUGUAAUCAUAUCCACCACCUUAUUGUAACUCCUUUUUGUCUCGGAAAAAUGGCCCGAUGUUACAUCAAAUGUGACGCGACAUGUAGAGACACGUUUAUCCUCUUAUAUGGAUUGGGCAUGGACCGACCCACCUUAGCUGUU